AUGUUUCCCCACAGCUGGAGAAGGAGGGAGCCUGAGUGUACCCCAGUCUAAAAUUGCCAGAUCCUCUUCACCUGCAUAUAAGGCUCCUCCUCAGGUGAACGGCACUGUUCAGCAGAAGAACAAAACAAUGACAGACUGUGGUUUUGAGAGGCAGUUUGUGGAUGCUCAUAAUGACUAUCGCAGGAAGCAUGGUGCCCCGCCCCUAGCUCUGAGCAGAGACCUGUGUAACUCCGCCCAGAAGUGGGCAGACCAUCUUCUGACAAUCAAAAGCCUGAAGCACAGCUCCACCAAUCACGGAGAAAACCUUUACUACGCAUACAGCUCAACCCCCAAAAAACCUGUUGGGAAGGAUGCAGUGGACAGUUGGUACAGUGAAAUCAAAGAUUACCACUUCAAUAAGCCUGGCUUCAGCUCCGGUACAGGUCACUUCACCCAGGUGGUUUGGAAGGAUUGCAGCGAGGUAGGUGUGGGCCUGGCCACAGAUGGGCAAACAAUCUUUGUAGUGGGCCAGUACCACCCAGCUGGCAACAUGUGCAACGCGGGCUACUUUGAGAAGAAUGUCCUACCACUGGGUAGCUCCACCUCUAGAGCCCCCAAAUGUUUCCCCACAGCUGGAGAAGGAGGGAGCCUGAGUGUACCCCAGUCUAAAAUUGCCAGAUCCUCUUCACCUGCAUAUAAGGCUCCUCCUCAGGUGAACGGCACUGACCUGGGCCAGUUCCACAGAGACUUCCUACGGGCGUGUAACAACCAGCGGAUGGCACACGGAGCCCCAGCCCUCACACUGGACCCAGCCCUGAGUCAGGGGGCGCAGGCAUGGGCAGAAACUCUACUGGGAGAGCGGGUGCUGAAGAACUCAUCCUCCCCCCAUGGUGAAAAUAUCUGGGCCAAGACGGGGUCAGCGGGCAUCACUGCUACGGGUCAAGAGGUGGUGGACGCCUGGUACAAACAAGAGGAGAACUAUGACUUCUCCAAACCAAGACAUCAGGACAAAACAGGGCAGUUCACACAACUGGUGUGGCGUAGCUCCAAGGAGGUGGGCGUCGGCAUGGCAAACGGUGGCACGGGGAUGCUCGUUGUGGUGGCACACUUUAAACCGGCUGGCAACAUCAGCAACCCCGGUUACCACGCUCAGAAUGUGAUGCCAAAAGGGUCGAAAAUUACCGAUAAGCCAGUGGAGGUCGUCACUUCGAGAAUGCAGGCGUUGGCCGUGAACUCACUGUCAGCCAAUGAGCUUGUCCAGUUCGGCCGGGCUCUCCUGAAGUCUCUCAACCAAUACCGGAGCCAGCACGGGGCAUUACCUCUGGUGCUAAGCCCUGCCCUCACUAGGGAGGCCCAGGAUUGGGCGGCUCACCUGGUGAGCAUCAACACACUGAUGAAUAGCGGCAAAGGCCACGGGGAGAACAUAUUCUACUGCUCUGGCUCCAGCACAGCGACCCCUACUGGAUCAGAUGUGGCUGAGUCUUGGUACAAGGAGAUUGAGAAGUAUAACUUCUCAUCCCCUGGUUUUCAGAGUGGAGCAGGUAAUUUCACUCAAAUGGUCUGGAAGUCCUCAAAGCAAGUAGGCGUGGGUUUGGCGACCAGUGGGCGGGGCACGUUUAUCGCCGUGGCGUUCUACGAUCCAGCGGGCAACAUCACCAACCCAGGCUAUUUCCAUGACAACGUGAAAACCAAAGGAAGCAAUACUCUAGUCUGAGCCAUAUAUAUGUAGUAUGUAUGCCAGCACUCCCAAAGGUUUCUAUAGGAACGGGUGCUUAUCUGGGCAAACACAUUGUUGCUGUUAUCUUUGGUUGUUGCUAUGAUUUGUCCUCUUUUGGAAGGAUAAGAAUCUUUUUUUGUUAGUUCAUUGUUUUCCAUAGAUGGUGCCAUUCGAACGCACCACGCAGUUGCCAGGAGCCAUCAGUGUAGACGGCCGUUGCGCCGUCUUAUGCGAGACAAACCUGACCUUAACUUUUUUAACUUCUAUCUCAAAUGAUACCCUUACAUUGUUAUUUUCUAACCAACAACAGUAAUUUGGGAAAUCUGUAUAAAUGGCUUUUACGUUGUCUUAAUAGGAAAUCAUUUUAAUGGUUAUGUGUAUUUUUUCAUAACUGCAAUAUAAAAGUAAGAUUUUCACCGGACAGUUUCUUUUAUAAGUUCAUUUUUCUGUUAUCUCGAGUUAUUUGGCUUUGAACUCGUCCUAUAAUCGUAUUUGUGGCCAAAGCAUUAACUGGAGAAAAAACUCCAUCUCAAAUAGACAGUUUCAUAAAUGCUUGCUAUUUCCUCAUAGAACAUGAUGUCACGUUGGCUCGCUGAGCUGGCCAAUCAGUGGUCAACUUGCAUGAACAUUUCUAAUGACCGGUAUACUCCCACACCAUUCUGUUGGGGUAUGUCCACGCCAUUCAAACACAUAUAAUAAGGAUCUCUACAGAUCGGUGUCCUACGCGCGGGACGGUUGAGCUAAUGCGAUUGUAUGUUGACAUACAGACUGAGACUGCACUGUGUUGACAUACAGACUGAAACUGCACUGUGUUGACAUGCAGACUGAGACUGCACUGUGUUGACAUACAGACAGACUGCACUGUGUUGACAUACAGACUGAGACUGCACUGUGUUGACAUACAGACUGAGACUGCACUGUGUUGACAUACAGACAGACAGACUGCACUGUGUUGACAUACAGACAGACAGACUGCACUGUGUUGACAUACAGACUGAGACUGCACUGUGUUGACAUACAGACUGAGACUGCACUGUGUUGACAUACAGACUGAGACUGCACUGUGUUGACAUACAGACUGAGACUGCACUGUGUUGACAUACAGACUGAGACUGCACUGUGUUGACAUACAAGGGGCAAUAAAUGGUGGAAUUAAAUGUUUGUAGGUUGUAACAUUUGUGCCACACUUUGAAAAAAAUAUUAAACGAGAGCUUACAUCUAGUUAGCACCAUUGCUGCCGUCUUCCACCAGCAGAGGGAAACAACUUGUUACCUUUCACUGUAUUCCCUGUCAAAUAAACAGGCAAUCUAA